AUGCCUCACUCAGAGACAUCACCAGGAAUCUACGUCCUCGGACUUGGAAACAUUGGCACCUUUACCGAGCAUGCCUUGUCCAAAAUCCCCGCCCUCCAACUCCUCCAAUACCGCCGCAACUCAGCAAUACUCUUCCUCCAAGAUGGAAAUGGCACAAUCAACGAACUAAACCCCUUCCUCUUCCCCGAUCCCGCCAACGGACCAAACUACUUCACAGGCGUGAUCUCCGACGGCGUAACCCUCACCCAACCUUUCCACGCCACGCACAAGGGCUUCGCAUCAAUAUCCCCAGGCUUACUCCCCCGCCCAGGCUGUGCCCCUGAACCUAACAGCCAAUACCUCCUCGACAUCCUCCCCCUCUCCCCCGACUCAACGCAACCUCCUACCCCUACACAGAGGUCCUGCAGAUCCAGCUGGAGAAACUAG